CUCAGUAUGAAAAAUUACACAAAGCACAAUAUAACCCAAACUUUCCUAGCAGACAGCAGUUUGAAAGUUUUGAUGGGAAGUUAUUAUUUUAAGUUUCGCAUCUGCUUAUAUUCUGACAAUUGUUCUGAAAUACUAUAGAGCUAAAACUAAAAAACUCGAAAUUUCCGGGGGUUGAAAAUUUUGCACUUUAGUUACUUCUCUCUUAGUUUGGAAAAUAAUUUUUGCAAUGUUGAGUGGGAUAGUACUAAAAAAACCACCCCUCAAUAUAAUCGGUCUGUUCUUCCGACCUAUCCAUGUUAAUUCAUUUUACCACAAAAAACGAAGAAUAUUAACUCAACAACUGUUAUCACGAAGUGUAUUUCCAUUACAACCAUCUGCCUUUUUUAAUGAGCAUAAAAGAGUAAUGGUCAAUAUUGAUGAAGCCCCAAUAAAGAAAUAUAUAUCGGAAUUUCUUACAAAUGAUGAUAGAAGUUCUGAGAAUGCAGUUAAGAAGCUCAAAGUCGAAGACCUUAUGAAGCAGCGAGAACAAGUGAUAGCAAAUAUUAGCUCUUUGAAUGAUCUCAAACAAGAUAAAGAAAUGAAGGAACUGGCAGAGGAGGAGCUGUUAUCAUCUCAAACGGAACUCAGUGGUCUAGACAAUGAGAUAAUUAAGUUGUUAGUUCCCCGUAAUGCACAUGAAAAUUAUUCUGAUAUUGCUGUGGAAAUUUCAUCUGGAGCAGGAGGGCAAGAGGCUAUGCUGUUUGCUAAUGAGCUUUUGGAACUCUAUCAAAACUAUGCAAAUUUUCGAAGUUGGAACUUUUUACUUGAAUCCGUCGAUUCAUCAGAUUUAGGAGGAAUACGCAGUGCAUCAUUCUUCAUCAGUGGUUCUGGUGCUUUUAACUACUUUCAAAAUGAAAUAGGGGUGCACAGAGUUCAAAGAGUUCCAGUCACAUCACCCAAAGGAAUAAUUCAUACCAGCACAGCCGCUGUUCUUGUUAUGCCUCAACCAACUGAGGUGGACAUUCAAAUAUCAGAGAAAGACCUUAUAAUUGAAACAAUGAAAGCUUCUGGUCCAGGUGGCCAGCAUGUCAACAAAACAGAGACUGCUGUCCGUGUAAAACAUGUGCCAUCAGGUAUGGUGACAGAGUGCCAGGAGGGUAAGAGUCAAUACCGUAACAAAGAAAUUGCUAUCAUGAAAAUAAGAACAAAAUUGUAUGAUAUGGAAAUACAAAAGCAAAGUAGCGAACUCAGUGCUACUAGACAACUUCAGAUUGGCAAUCGCGAGCGAUCAGCAAAAAUAAGAACUUACAAUAUUCCUCAAAAUCGUAUCACUGAUCAUCGCGGACAAGUCACUGCUCACAAUGUCAAAGAGUUUAUGAUGGGAAGAGAGGCUUUUCACAACUUUCUAGAGAAGCUAAAUGAACACAUAGACAUACAAACAAUUUCUCUAUUUGUUGAUAAUGUUCGUCAUGCAUUCAGAGAGAGAUGAUGUUAAUCAUAAUAAAUAUUUCAUGAAAAAAAAAAAAGGCUUUGUGAAUUAAUUUAGACUGAUCUUGGUGAUGUGAAAAGGGAGUGACCAUAUUAUGUAUUACGUGGAAGAUAGAAAUACAAAAUUAUUAUUUUAAUGACA